AUAACUUAUAAACAAAACAAACAAAAAAAAAAAUCAACAUUUUUCUCCGCUCAACGCUAUUCUUUCCCUCUUCCGAUUCUCCUGUUGUUCCAUUGAUCAAAAGCCUAUGGAAUUCAAUAGAAAAGCUCAUCCGGAUUGUGUAUAUGCGGAUAAUCCUUUCCAUGAAUGUGCUUCAGCUUGUUUAGAGAGAAUUGCUCAAGGCCAUGUCAAGAAGAACACUAAGAAGCAAAGUUCAAGGCUUCUUAGCUUUUCAGGGAGUUUCGGUAGAAAAAAGAAGGAAUCACAUUCACAACCGCCUUCACCGCUAUCCGCAAGGCCUUAUCAAAACGGCAGAGGCGGUUUUGCAAAUAGUAAUUCCCCAAAAGUUCAUCAUUCCGUAGCUCCACCUGUUUCUGUGAAGAAGAAGAUUGUUUCUGAAUCGAAUAAGUCUUUAACUUCUUCAUCAUCUGGUGACCCGGAUGUUUUCUUCAACCAUAAACCGGAGAAGAAACCUUCUCAAACCAUUCCACUUUCCUCAAACAAUUUGGUUGAUCAAAGCAAAGCGGUGUCACCUAAACCUGGAAUACAAGAACACGACGGGAAGAUUGGAGCAGGCGGCGAAACUAGACUCUUUAGUUUCCUAAGCCUUCCAAGAUCGCAUGAAGAAGAGAGCAAUGAUGAUUAUACUGAUGAUGAUGAAGAAAACAACAAUGAGAUUGGUGUAGAGCUUGAUCUUGAAUCAGUGAUGUCUGACACUUUUGUCUCUGUCGGGAAAUACCGAGUUAGAUCGGGUUCAUCCACAAUCCUAACUGAUAUCAUCGAAAAACACGGAGAUAUUGCUCAAAACUGUAAGCUGGAAUCGGGUUCAAUGCGAUCCCGUUACCUCGAGUGUUUAUGCUCACUGAUGCAGGAACUCAGGUCAACCCCGGUAGGGCAGUUGAGCAAAGUCAAAGUCAAAGAGAUGCUUGCGGUUCUCAAAGACUUGGAGUCUGUGAACAUCGAAGUGGCUUGGCUACGUUCUGUUCUUGAAGAGUUUGCGAAGUCUCAAGAAGAUGCAGAAAAUGAGAAAGAGAGGCAUGAUGGUUUAGUGAAGGCUAAGAAAGAAGAGCUUGAUGCUCAAGAAACGGAUUUGGUUAGGAUGGAGAAGGAAGUGGCGGAAGCAAGGCUGCGGAUUGAGGAGACGAGGGCUCAGAUGGUCGAGAUUGAAGCAGAACGGUCCAGGUUAGAGAAAAUGGGAUUCAAAAUGGAGAAAUUUAAAGGGAAAUCGUUUAUAGAUGAGCUUCUGUGAGUGUGUUUUGUGACUUGUGUGUGAUGUUGUUAGUAGUAAGCCAAGGGUUAGUAGGUAAUAGCACAAAAUCAAAAAUACUCUAAUAUGGAAAAGCUGGUAUUUAUUAGUAACUUAUAAAAGUGUUAAGGUAUUGGUUGUUGCUAAUAAAUACGUUUGGCUUUG